AUGAGUCUGACGCUGAGCAACGCCUUCGCUGCCCUCGAGGUUAGAAAGGCCAAGAAGAAGAAGGCGAGGGAGUCAGAGAGGAAGAAGAAGGGGGGAAGGGGAGCGGCGGGAGGGCAGGACUCGCUGCAGCUGGAGAGGGAGAUUUUCAGCAGGCCGCAGCUGAACGUCAGCAACUGGGCCGACUGCGACGAUGACGAGGACGACUUCGACGCAGGGGUCGGUCCAGAGGCAGCUGAGGACCCAUCCACAGGUCACAAGGACGCCAAUCAGGAAGAUGGCCACGACAGUGAGGAGGAAAUUGAUUUGGAGAAGGAGUUUGGUGUGGAGCUUGGUCCGGAGGGUGAAGCAGAAGCUGAUGCUGAAGCCGAGAAUCUCACAGAAAAUGGUGAGGAUGAUGCGGGAGAGGAUGGGGAAGCACAGGAGCAGGAACCUUUGCCCACAUACAACAGGAGUGAAUCAAAUCUAGGGCGUCAAUUGUCCAAAAAAGAGCUCAAAAAGAAGGAGAUGGCAGAGUUGGAGGCCAUGCUUGCAGAGAUGGGCAUCGCCCCUGACGAGUCCAGCAAGAAAGAAGGAGAUGGGGAGGGCAGCAGCGGCCUGAGGAAGAAGAAGAGCACCAAGAAGAAGCUGUCUAUAUCUGAGCCUGCAACUGGAGACACUGCAACAACUGUAGCUGCACAAGAUGCAAAAGCAGGAGAGAAAGAAAAUGGAAGCGCAUCUGUACAAGCUCCCACUGCAAAGGAGGAUUCAGAUGCAGCAAAGGUGCUGAAGUCAAAGAAGAAGUCCCAGAAAAAGCUCCCCAGCGCAACAGAGUUGGCUGCAGCAGAGGCAAAGGCCCGCAUGAAAAAGAAGGGGAAGAAGGAUACAAAACACUACAACCAGGUGAUGCUUGCUGUGUGUGGCUCCCACAAUGCUUCAUGCAACACGUAG